CGACCCAGGUUACUCAUUGAAGGGGAGACUUGUAAUUUUCAAUCAACAAAUCCUCGGUUGUAUGUUCCUCUUCAUGCUAUCCCCAUCUAGACCUACAAAGCCAAUCCGUCCACACAUUUUAAACUUGUUCCAUCGGUUUUCUAGAAUUUAAUUAUCUACUUGCCUGGCCCACGAAAUCAUCGGCUUCCGGUCCGAGCGGACUCCCCCGGACUUGCUCUUUUAGUUAUUUCCGGUUCAACUGUGUUUAUUGCCCGGUGUGCUUUCUAGGUACUACUGCCGCUAACACCAUAUACUCGGUGUAGUUUAGUUUGUUCGUUCAACCCAAUUUAUCCGGCUUACGCUUUUCACGGUUACUCGCCAUCGGACCCCCGUUACACUCUCAUUGACUCUUUCUUGUCACUAGAUGUUUUAGACAUACCCAUAUCCAGAUCCGCACAUGUAAAGUCUCAGCCAGCUGUCACCUGCACCCCAUUUCUGUCUAUUCCAAUAAGCGGCGCACUCCACCUUCCCGGCCCUUUAAUUUUCGUUUGUAUCGAACUAUGGCCCAAGGAGAGUUGUGGUCUACACUAGUCACUGCAAUAGACCCGGGAAAUAUCAGAGUUAUGCCGGCCGUCCUGCAGUCAACUAUCGAUCUGUUAGAGACUGAACUGGCCAGGGCCAGGGCCGCGCUCAAAGAAAUUCAGCCUGAUACUGCACCCGUCUUGAUACCCGGUGAUGAACUUGCCGUUGGGGCGAUUGCAGCUUAUCGUCAAAAUCUCAUUGCACGAGCCUCAACCUUUUACUAUGGCUCCCGCCGCCUGUCUCCCAAGGAGGUGGGACUAGUCCCUGUCAUUCAAGAGGUACAGUCAGAUGAAGAAGAGGAUAAGGAGACACAGCAAAAACCUGAAAGUAUUAUUAUUGUGACGCCUCCCAAGCAAGUUUCCCUCCUGGACGUUCUCUCAAACAGCUUGAUUCUCGAUCAUAUGGCUCCGUACCUUUCAGUCCCAACACUGUUUGCCCUAGCCUCAACGUCGCACGCUCUUCGUACCACGAUUAUAGAAACUCCGUAUAUCUUUCGGCAUCUGGAUCUGACCCAAUGUCCUCGGCACUGGCUUCCUAGGAAGUUAUUAAGGAACUCGGAAGCCCGGAUUAGUAGCAAUGAACGUCUGGAGAACUCCUCGACUGAGGAUGCACCCUAUUCGGUCCCUCAUCAAAGAAGAUUUGCUAGUCUGGGGCGGAGUUCUAUCCUUCAAGAUGUGCGAACUCUAAUCUUGGAUGGUCUUUCUGUUCCCGCAGAUCUGGUUGCGGAACUUAUCUUGACUGACCGUUUCAACGUAAACCUACUGUCAAUAAGGGAAUGUUGUGAUCUAAAUGAGCGCAAGUUGAUACAAGUGCUUCAGCAUGCUGUCCGGCCUUCGCGUCCCAAAGGGACCCCUCGGGUGAAAGGCAUUUAUUACUUUACCCCGGUGAGCCAGCCUCGAGCCAUGAUGCGAAGCCGCUACCGUGACUGGUGGAGUUCCAGAUGUACUCUUCCAACGAGCAACGGGGCCCUGGAGCCGCCAUCUUCCGAUGACUCUCAAGAGAGCGCAUUGUAUUAUCAGAAUGCGUGGUAUCGCCCCUCUGGAAAACUUAUACCUCGCUCGAUCGAGGAAGGUUGGGCCCAUACCAUUCAACAGUGCGAGGGUAUCAUUUCUUUUGACGCCGUACUGUGUCGUGGACCCCAGCAUAAUGUUGACCUCUACACAUCGCUAGGACAUAACGAAGAAGGGUAUCGGCCCGAAGGUCAGCCACUCGGACCAGCAAUCGCUACCGUCGCCCUAGGUCCCAAAGGGUGCGACGGUUGCCGUACUUCACCAGAAGGCCCGGCAGUCUGGGGUGAAUCUCCGGAAAGGCAGUUUCCUUUGCUGGCCCCGCUCCCUUUGCAUUCGUCAUCUAUAGCUGUGGCGAAGCGUCCAGUGCUCUUUCCCGAUGCGCACCCUAUCCUGGUUGCCCGUUGCGCUGAGUGCUUGAACGAUCGCUGGUGUCGUCGGUGCAACAAAUGGUUCUGCAAGAACUGCCUACCAAGUCCUGAACGGGCGACGACUAGCUUAUCACCCCAUCAAACUGCGGUCAGGGGGCCGCGAGCUAGCCAGGAUACAAGUUUAUCUCACGAGCGAAGAAGAUUCCGACUUGGAGUGAGUAGGGACUGCUGGGAAUGCGGGCCGACGGCAAGUGCUUCUCUUUUGCAAUUUUUUUAUAUUAGAAUGAUGGACGUCUCAUAAUAAUCUGACGGGCUUUUACAGUGCGCUACCUGCAAAACUGAAUGCCAACGGACGUGCCAGAAUUGCCAAGGAGAAUAUUGUGUUGAUCAUAAUGAAGGUUGCUCUCCAACAAUGUGUGACUGGUGUAACACAAGUGCGCGUCAUCAAUUUAGGCAGCUCUAUUGACAUGUGGGUAAGUUAAAUGGGCACGUCACGAUAUACCCAGGGAAGGCUCCAUCUGAGAUGCCAUGAAGUGAAUUAUUGUUCACGUCUUUUCACAUAUGUUAAAGGGCUUUGUUCUUUUCCCGAUUCCGAUAGCUUUGUGAACCUUGUCCUUCCUUGACCUGAACAAGCAGGCUUGCUUGAAGCCAGCCGAUACGCUCUUUUCCAUCUGAAUUACGGGAUAUCUUACGUCCUGGGAAACAUGAAGCCAGUGAAGUAAUGUGGCUGUGCCAUUUAUACCCACCAAAUCUACUCUGUAGAAGUUGUCCACUACUUCAAGUUAAACGUGAGACCAAAGGCAGUCCUAUUCCUGACUUUCGUCUUUUCCUCGAUCAAUGAUGGAAUAGUCUUCAGGUACGGUAAGCCAUUGGUGCUGCUCUAUGAGUUUUCUUGGCUAGAUAGCUGAAUACCUAAUCCUUUCUUUUCCCUGUUUAUUAAUCAAUCCCCUU